CGAAGAAAAAAGCGUGACAUAAAUGAUUUAGUGACAGUAAAAUGUCAGAAACUGUCAGAAAUACACUAAAAUAUUUGUAAGCACGAAGAAUACACGGUAGUGGUUACACCUCAAUCAUAAACAGGUCAUAAAAUGGAGCUUGAUGAAAAAGAAGUGAACGCUGAAGAACUACAGAGUACGGAAUCAAAAAAAAGUGUAACCACUUCCAAUGUGUAUUCAACGGAUUUCACGGAUUACAGCUCAGAUAAAAACAAUUCAUCUGGCAAAGAAACCUAUGUCAUAGACUGGGAUGAUAGCGAGGACAGUGAAGCAUCUUGUCAAUAUCAUUCAGAACAGAGCAAACAUAAUUUGCCCGAAGAAAAUAACAGUAUAGAUGACAAUAUGGAAAUUAUAAAAAUAGUCGACAAUGAAUUAGUCAAAGCACAUCAAAAGUUUAGUAAUAAAGUAUCAAUGACUUCUCAAAUAUGUACAGUGGUCGGACAAGAAACAUUCACACAGACCAGCAAAACUAUCAUUGAACUUGCCGAGUCCGAAGGUCUUAUUGUAAAGUCAGUAGAUUUUAACACACUUCAGACUCAAACGUCCUACAUUUCUGUUACUGAGAAUAAGAGAAUAGAAUACAAGAUCCACAAUUCGAACAUGUACGAGUUUAAAGACGUUCAGUGCGAUAUUAAUAACAGCAAUGAUAUUUGGCCAGUUUUAAGUAACAGCUUUGAGGAUAAAUCAUCAAAAUGUCUCGAACCACAAUCAGAUAUAGAGAAAUUUGAAAGUGACAACAUUGAAAUUAAAAAUGAUACAGAAAAUAUUACAAUUAUAAACGAACUGGACAAUUCUUAUAAAUGUAUUGAUGAUGUCGAUAAAUCAAUAUCCACUAGUUCUGAUAUUGACGACGAUUCACUAAUGGAGUACGAUGAUAACAGAAUAAAAGAAAACAGUUUCAGUUGUAAGGACAACGAUGAAUGUUAUACACCAAAAUCAAUUAGUAAGGAAAUUGAAGAUUUAUAUAUCAACGUAUCUAAGCGUUUUGAUGUAUUUUCUGAUAAACAUAAUGUAGAAACACAAUCACUAAAUCCUUGGGCCAGAGUACUAACGCCACUCACAGAAGAAUCUACGGCGAAUAGAGAAAGCAUUAUAGACAUGACUCCUUGCUUGGACGUUGUAGUUGACAACAAGAAAAAGCAUAACAACGUAGAAUAUUACACGCAAAGUAAAGAACAUGACUAUUCAACGUCAGAAGCAGAUGGAUCCUUAGACACAAAGGAGCCAUUUAAAUUGCCACCUAUUGAAAACAAUAAAGCUACUAAUCUAUGCUUUUUACUAUCUGCUCAUCAUGGAAGGAAGAAAAAUAUGAAAUCUGAUUAUAGUACUGUAAAUUCGGAAUGUAAGUCCAAUAAUUUGGCAGCUGGAGAAAGUUCUAUUGCAAAUGAAACUCAACCACGUCUACCUAACCAAGCGAUACAAUUACCGCCAAUAAAUGCGGAACCUGGUAUCUUUAGCAUAUACAACAACAAUGGCUCCUACUCAUCCUGUUCUUCGAGGAUAAGCGUGUCCAAACCAGAAUCCACUUGCGACUCCAUCAGUAUCCAGGAUAAGAUUAGAGAACUAAAAAUGAUUGACAGGAGAAUGAAAAUCAGUGAAAGCUCUCUGUCGACUUCCAUACCGGAAUGUGGCAAGUUGAAUGAUACGUCUUUUAAAGGCUGCGAACUCUUGUGUUCUGAACUGAUGAGGAAGCUAAAGUCAUCUUCGUGGUGUGAAGUUGUAGACACUUUGGAAGAAAUACCUAAAGCGAUGGAGAAAUUCUGGAAUGUCAUCACUGAACUUCGGAUUGCCGAUUUCAUAAGACAGGUGACGGUGCACGUGGACUCGCCGCGGUCGCAGGUGGCGCGCACCGCCUGCCUCACUCUAGCGUGCAUUCUUAAGAACACAAACUAUACUAGGAAACCGGACUACUACGAGGCAGUAACGGCGCUGCUGGUGAAAACCGGCUGUUUCAGCCGGCCAGUGCGACGCGCGGCCAACAUGGCACUUGAUGAGAUCGUGUGUGCGGUUGACUUUACGCAGACCGUCACUGCUCUAUGUGUACAUGGCGUUGGACACAAGAGCCCUCUGGUGCGUUGUGCGGCGGCGCGAUUGCUGGUUGUGUGCUGCGCAGUGUCAGGAGGUGGGCGCGGAUUGCUGCGCGGCCGGCCCGCCUCCGCCGCCGCUGCACGUCGCUCUGCGCUCAGGGCACUCGCUGAGCUGCUCCAGGAUAAAGCUACUGAUGCCAGGAAAUACGCGGAACGUCUCUACUCAAUGCUGCGACCGUUAUCCAACUUCGAGGCUUAUUACCUCACUGACGUGGAUGUGGAACUUGCCUCUAAACAAAUGAAGAAGUACGACAAAUUACUUACGACUGGCUCUAAAGAUAGGUGAUCUAAAACAGCCAUUGAUGGUAAAGAAGUUCAGUUGUCGUUUGUUAUUUAAAUG